CAGCGUUCCAGAACCGGACGGUCCUGCUCGGCCCGGGACGCGCUGAUUGGCUGAGCCGCGGCCCCCCCCGCCUUCUCCGGGGGAGAGAAUGGAAUGUUGCGGCGUCUGAGUUCCAGCGCGGGGCGGCGGCGGCUGCAGCCCCGGGCCGUCUCGGAGCCCCGGGCGGGGAGCGGCCGAAGCGAGGAUCCGGGGACGAGCACCAGUGUAGGCCAAGAUGGUGGAUCAUCUGGCAAACACGGAGAUUAACAGCCAACGCAUCGCUACUGUGGAAAACUGCUUUGGGGCAUCGGGACAGCCCUUAGCUGUGCCAGGAAGGGUCCUUCUCGGGGAGGGAAUUUUGACCAAGGAACGCCGGAAGAAGCCCAAGCCUCGAAUAUUCUUCCUUUUCAAUGAUAUCCUUGUGUAUGGAAGCAUAGUGAUCAACAAAAGGAAGUACAACUCCCAGCACAUCAUACCCCUCGAAGACGUCACCUUGGAGACGCUGCCAGACACCUUACAGAUGAAGAACCGAUGGAUGAUUAAGACUUCAAAGAAGUCCUUUGUGGUUUCUGCUGCCUCCCUCACAGAAAGGAAGGAAUGGAUCAGUCACCUGGAGGAGUGCAUCCGGCACCUGCUGACAAAGACCGGACGGCAGCCCUCUACUGAGCAUGCUGCCCCCUGGAUCCCCGACAAAGCGACCGAUAUUUGCAUGCGCUGCACACAGACCAAAUUCUCUACCCUCACUCGCCGGCACCACUGUCGGAAAUGCGGCUUUGUUGUGUGCGGGGAUUGCUCCAAGCAGAAGUUCCUGAUGCCACGGCUCUCCCCCAAGCCCCUGCGGGUCUGCAGCCUGUGCUACAGGCAGCUGAUGGCAGAAGAGAAGAGGGAAGGAGGUGACCAGAGGCAGCCAGAGCAAAUCCACUCUGCCAAGCCAGGGUACGAAGCUUCCAGCGGCGAAGACAGUGACAAAUCUGACGACGACAAGGUGGACCAGUGGCCAGCAGACGCAGAGUUUUAUACCUCAGUAGUAUCUUGGUCAUCAUUCCAUAAUUAACUGUUUCACUGUCAGUUUUUAGCCUUCGGUGCAUAUACAGAACUCUCAGUAUUUUAGCAGGGAGCAUGCAUGGGAGAGUGAAAUUUUGGCCCCUAUUUAUGCUAUUUUCUUUUUUCAGACAAUUAAAAGACCUGAUAUUGUGCCUGUUACAGUAGCAGGGCAGACAGCAGUGAGGCAGCAUUGCGUAGAGUAUGGAGCACUGGCUGCCACUGGUCUACCAAUGGACCCUGGGCAACUCAUUUUACCUUCCUGUGCCUUGGUUUUCCUCUGUAUAAAGUCUAUGUAUAACCUCUUACAUGCUUUGAGAUCUGUUAUUAGCAAGAGAUACAAGACCCAAGCAGUGUUAUGGUCUCAAAUACACUACUCCCUUGGAUGGGCCCUGUCGUGGUGGUUAGGGAGGCCAGCACCUUGUCUAUGGAGAAUGGGGAACUUCAGUUUCCAGGGCUGGCAUUUUUCAUGAUCACUAAACCCAUGUGAAUCAAUAUAUAACAUACAUAUAUAGUGUAUGCCAUGUAUGGAGUCCUGGCUUGGUGGCCUUCAGUUAGACUGGUGCAAUACCAGUAAGAAACCUGGGUUUGACUUUCACACAUGGCCUUUAACUUCAGGAAAGUGGGGGUUUAUGCAGCCCUAGCGUAGAUCCUGCUGACUUAAUGUGAGCUACAUUAGCACAGCAUUGAGGAACUCAGCUCUCCCACCCCAGAGAGCAACAAUUAUGGGUAAUGAGAGGGUAAAGGCUUAUGUAAUGGAGUGAGGUAAGAAAGAGGCUUCAGUAAGACACUAGCUCAACUCAGCAGGAUCACCCCACCCAUGCAGAUCCCCUCUCUCCAGAGUUAAUGACUCAACCAGAUUUCAAUAUUAGUGGCAUGGGGAUUGAAGAGCUCCAGCCAGCUGGGUGAUGUUGUAGCAUAGGAUUGCUGUGCUGAGAGGAAGUGGGAUGGGUGUGUGACCAGGACAAUAUGGUCCUGUGAGGUUCUCCCACUGACCAUCAGAGUAAGGCCCCAAUCCUGCAGACAGGCAUUAAAGUGCUUAAUUUCAAUCCCAAGCAUUUCCAUUCAUUUCAGAGUUAAGCAUGCUUAAGUGUUUGAACAGUAGGAGCUGAAGGUUAUAUGUUCAACUAGAUUUGAAUAUUGAUAUUCAAAAAGUCAUCUCAAGUGAGAAGCUGCUUAUUCUAGCAUUCUAUCAUACUAUCACGUGCAAGUAAAACACACCGAAAAUUAGACACCCACAGUUGUAUUGCAGCAAAUAAUCAUACAACCAAAGAUCAGCUACUGCCUAUUUGGCAUAUCUUGUGUGCUUUAUAUUCUGACUCUGGAGGCAGAGUGUAAGUUGAGCAUUACGUGUAACAUCAUAAUCAGUUUUCCUUAAUGUAAUCCAGUCUAAAUACUGCAUCACACACCAAAUGUUAUCAGGUUGGUUUGGGGGUGGUUUUUUUAACUAGUAAUUUGUCUCAUUUUUAUAUUUUUGUUCUUUGUAAACUGCCAACAUCCAGCCAGUUUGUACUAUUCAGUUGAGUGAAUAAAGAAAUGGCCAAUAAGAAAAAACAUGGA